AUGUCACGGUCAUCAGGACGUUGUUCAUCUGUGCGGUUAAGGCCUGAUGGUGGCUCAAGCACCGACGGGAUACCAGCCGACUUAAGGGUUAGCAAACGCAGCCCAGGCGGAGAGCGACGGCCACACGCAGAGUCGCCGUCGAGCAGGGUACCCAAAUGCGAUGAAGGCACUGCGUGCAGCUACACCCCUGAUUCCGAUUUCCAGUUUAGCUGCGAUGAGAACGGCGACAGCAAUGGCACGCCGCCGGUAAUAACUCUAGAGGUGAUGUCAGAUUGCUCCACCAUCGAGCUUUGUCCCGACGGGAACUCCAGUGAUGCGCUCUCCAGCGCGCCCGAUCCCGACUCGCAAGAUCACGGUCUUCACUUCCUAACCAUCAAAAAGUGUCAAUCUGAAGACAUUUCUGACAAUGAGAACUCGGAGGACAAAGACCAAGAGGCGAAUGAGAACUCCAAGACAAGAAACGAGCUGUUGGAGUACGUGACGAGGAACGACGGCAGCGUGGUGUGCAAGCUGUGUGGCGAGAUCCUGCAGAGUCGGACGCAUUGGUACAGGCACAAAUAUAAACGGCAUGUCAUCCAACCGUUGAACCCAGCGCCACUCUUCCAAUGUGAACAGUGUCUCGUGUUCUUUAAAAGUAGAAAAGGCUACAUUGGGCACCUGUCAAGCAGACAUAGUGAGAUCCUGACCGAGCCAAGUCCUGUAAUAUCCGGAACUGUAUCAGAAGUAGUUGAGAAGCUGUCGCUGUGCCCCGUGGUGGUGAAACGCGAGCCGGAGGCCGAGCCUGCCCCGCAAGCCCCUGCAAAACAAGCUGCGACUAAAACUGAAACAAAGAAAUCAAAUAAGGUUAACAAAGACAAUCGAAAUAAAGAAGAUUGGGAAGAGAAGCGGUAUAGAGAGGAGAAGUUAGUGGCAGAGAUCAUAGACCGCGUGAAGAGAGAAUGUGAAGCGCAGGGCGGCAACGGGGGCGCGCGGCGCGGCUACACGCGGCGCACCACCGUCAUGCACACGUAGCACACCCACUCCCGGCCCGGCUCCACGCCGCCGUCGACCUAAACCUUCUUGGCUUCUAACUUGGCUUCAUUUUCGAACGCUGAUAUAGACAAAGACACGGGUCUUCAAUAGUAUUGUUAAUUAAAUGUUAGAUGUGUCAAAUUCUUCAAGAGAACGACGCACAUUGUCAUGGCCGAUUACAAGCACUAGUAUGAAUAGGGCCUAAUAAAAUUGUACCUACCUAAUAAGUUACUUAUUAGGGCGUCAAAUUGUCGAUCGGCAUCGAUAUCUAACUAGCACACAUCUGUAAUCUUAGGUACCUGACAGUAAAAUUGAACAUGGUAUUUUAUUAAGUACUAGAGUUCACUUCAAAAUGCUAAACACUUCUAUCGUGAUACACAGUUUACUUCAUCGUGUUCUGAACUCUCAUUUCCAUUAUUCUGAGUAGGGAAUUUCCUAUUUGGUCCAGGAUGCUGGCAUUGGUGGAGGUAACAAUGUCAGACCAACAAAACUUUUCAGAUAGCCUUAGUUUUUAUGAAGUACACAGUACCUAUUAUAAAUAUACAGUUAAGUACUUCAUUAUUUUAGAUUUAAUCAAAAGAUACUUACUAUUAGAUUUAGCUGUUCCUGUGGAAAUAUCAAAUCCUAUCUGUUACUAGGCCUACUGCGAUUCAUUCGUUGUGAUUAUAUAUUUUAGUAUAUACUUAAGUAAACUGUGCCGAUAUAUUUGCCACUAUUGAAAUUAAGGUGCCAAAAACUGUCCAGAUUGUACAUAGUAGUUGUAUAUAGAGGGAAUAAAUAAUACUGACGUAUAAUCUAAGUAGUGCAAGAAUGCGGUUUGUAAAAAUGUUGGUACACGAACGGGCCUAGUUAAGGGACAUUUACUUAAAGGAUGAAUUAGUGCGUUUUCACAUUAACCGAACCGAUAUCGGAUGUCGGACCGAUAUUCC